GCCGUUAUUCAGGUGCAGGAUUGCGCUGUGUGGCUUGCGAUCUGAUAUGUAGACACUUUCUUUUCUUUUCUUUUUUUUAAACCAUUUUACUACAUCUUUUAAAUAACAAUGUCGGCUGCCGGUGCGAAUAAGGGCAUAUCUGUGAAAUUGGUGCUAAUGGUUGCUUCCGCAGCCUUUGGAGGAACUCUUCAAUAUGGCUACAACCUCGCAAUAAUGAAUGCUCCUGCAACUUUUAUUCAGACCUUUGUCAAUGAGACAUUCUUGGAGCGGUGGGACAUCCAGCUGGAGGACUACCAGGUGACGCUGGUCUGGUCAAUUAUUGUCUCCAUCUUCUCAUUGGGGGGCUUUGCAGGGUCCCUCAUAGCGGGACCAAUGACCAUAUGCUUCGGGAGGAAGAACUGCCUGUUGCUGAACAACGUUUUCCUAAUGACUGGAGCCCUCCUAGCUGUGACCAGCAGAGCUGCCAAGUCUUUUGAGAUGAUCAUCAUCGCACGCGUCCUGGUGGGAAUAAAUGCCGGGAUCAGCAUGAAUGUGCAACCCAUGUACUUUGGAGAAAGUGCACCAAAGCACUUACGGGGGGCCAUCUCCAUGUCUUCGGCUGUUUUCACAGCAUUUGGUGUUGUGUUGGGACAGGUGGUCGGACUCAGGGAGAUUCUGGGCAGCGAGCAGUGUUGGCAGUAUCUUCUUGCUAGUAAUGCCAUUCCUGGCCUGGUCCAGCUCCUGACCCUGCCCUGGUUCCCCGAGAGCCCCAGAUACCUGCUGAUCGACAGGGGGGACAAGGAGGCUUGUAUUAAUGCCCUGAGACGGCUGCGAGGCUGCGACGUGCAGAGCAGCGAGCUGGAUGAGAUCCUGCAGGAACAGGCCGAGAGCAGAGGCAGGAGGGCCUGUCGACCCUGGGAGCUCUUUGCUGAUCGCUCAGUGCGAUGGCAGCUCAUCUGCGUCGUGGUCAUCAGCAGCGCCAUGCAGCUCUGUGGCAAUGACUCGAUUUACUUCUAUGCAUCAUACAUUUUCAAAGAGGCAGGAGUAGCCGACGAAAGAAUCCAAUACAUAACAAUUGGCACUGGUACAUGUGAAUUAUCAGCGUGUAUAUUGUGUAACCUGCUGGUAGAGCGCAAAGGUCGGCGGUUCAUGCUGAUGGGAGGGUACAUCCUCAUGACCGUCUGGGCGGUUGUCUUCACAGUUGCUCUGUUGUUUGAGCACACUACGUCCUGGAUGCCAUACCUAAGUAUGACCUGCAUCUUCACCUACAUUCUCAGCUUUGGUUUGGGACCAGCUGGAGUGACGGGUGUUUUGCCGACAGAGAUCUUCAAUCAGACUGCUCGGCCAGCAGCCUGCAUGAUCGCUGGCUCAAGCAUGUGGCUCAACCUUUUAAUCACUGGGAUGAUCUUCCCAUUUCUAGUGAGCGAGUUGAGGGAGUACUGCUUUGUGCCCUUCGGAGCAGUCUGCCUGCUGUCGGCGUUGUUCGUGGGCUUCUUCCUGCCGGAGACCAAAGGGAAGUCUCUGUCGGCCAUCACCAGUGAGUUCAACAAGCUCAACUUCAAAGGUCAGGAGGAGAAGUGUGUGUCCCCAGAUAAAGCUCGGUACCAGCUGGGUGAAGUGAGUCUUUCCACGGCCUUGAGUCAACCGUGUGAAAGAAAGGACAAAACCAGACGGACCAGGUUGAAUCUGGUGACGCGUUUAGUCAUCCCUUCUAAACACGUCAUGAACAUUUUAAAAGGUUUCCAGUCCUGCUCCGUUCUGCAGUCAGCAUCCGAAGAGCAGGCACAAAAAAUGGAUUCAAGAAAGCUGCAGCACUGGAGGCUUUAUCUGCUGUCGCUGGUGUUGGGAAUUGGGGGGUCGUUCCAGUACGGGAUUCAAGUUUCUGUCAUCGCGUCUCCAGCAGUGCAUAUCCAGAGCUUUGUGAACCAGACGUGGGUGAUGAGGUACGGACGCCCAGUGGACGAUGCUACAAACCAGCUGAUUUGGUCCUUCAUGGUGGCUGUGUUGAGUCUUGGAGCUUGGGCCGGGGCUAUUCAUAGCGGCAGCCUCCCUGUCACCUACGGCAGGAAAAAAGCGCUCUUGUUCAAUAACGUUGUGGCUGUCGUCGCUGCUCUCAUCAUGCUCUUCAGUCGCAUGGCCCAAUCUUUUGAGAUGAUCUUGCUGGGAAGAUUUCUGUAUGGAUAUAAUGUUGGUCUGGGCUUGAGUGUGCACCUCAUGUACCUCGGGGAGUGCUCGCCAAAGAAACUCAGAGGCGUCAUGACCCUCACGGGCUCAAUCUUUAUUGGAUUUGGAAAAGUCAUGGGUCAAAUAAUUGGCAUCAAGGAGCUGAUGGGAACAGAGGACAUGUGGCCUUACCUCUUAGCGAUCAGUGGUGUCCCUGCAAUGCUGCAGUUUGUGGCUCUGCUUUUCUUCCCUGAAACACCUCGAUACCUUUACAUCGACAAAGGAGACUUUGAAGGUAGCAAAAAAGCCCUGCAGUGGCUGUGGCAGGAGGACAACUUGAAGUUGGAGCUGGAUGACAUGCAGAAAGAGAGAGAGAGCACACAGGGAGAGAAGGCAAAGACUGUGAGGGAUGUUCUCAGCUCUCGCUGUGUGAGGUGGCAGCUCCUCACGCUAGUCAUCCCCUGUGCUGGAGUUCAACUCUGCGGCAUCAACGCGCUUUAUUUUUACGCCUUCGACAUCUUCCGUGAGUCUGGAGUGCCAGAAGAACAGAUGCAUUACUUGUCCAUUGGUCUUGGUGCCACAGAGCUCAUCACUGUGACACUGUGUUCCUUCUUGAUAGAUCGUGCUGGCAGAAAGAAGCUGAUGGGCUAUGGCUAUUUACUGAUGGGUGUCACCAUGUGUGCACUUACUGUCACGCUAUCCAUCAAGCAUCUAAAUUCAUGGAUCCCUUAUGUGAACAUUGGCCUGAUCUUUUGCGUCAUCUGCAUCUAUGGACUUGGACCUUCUGGAGUGUCCAUGGCUCUUCCUGCUGACCUCUUCCUACAAGCCUGGCGUCCUUCUGCUUACGUGAUCAGUGGGACGGUCAACUGGCUGUGCAUGUUCCUCGUGGGGAUGUUGUUCGGAUAUAUUGUGAAUGGACUCGGACAGUUCUGCUUCCUGAUUUUUGUGGCUUACACGUUUUUGAGUGCAGCAUUUCUGUUAACGUUUGUCCCUGAGACCAAAGGAAAGACCAUGAUGGAGAUCAUGCAGGACUUCAACAAACUGAAUUUCAAGAACCGGGGAGCCGACUUAGAAAGGACUGAUGUUGAUCUUGCAACCAAUUUUUAACAUGUUUUUUUAGUUUAUUUAUCACUUUCCUACUGCUAUUGUUUCCUCUUCUUAAAACAUGGAAAAAACAGUUCUUAUGAAAAUAUCUUAUGACCUUUUUGUUUCAGUUGUUUGCUUAAAACAAGGAUGUAUGAAUAAAUGAAUGAAUGUUAGCUCUAAUACACUCCCCUGCUUUCUUAGGUGGACAAUUAAACUGCCAAAACGUGUUUUUUAGGACUGUUAAAAAAUGCAGUAUGAUCAUUUUUCUACUCUUGCUCAUACUUUACAUCUCGUAUACUUUCAGAUGGCACUGCAACUCCAUUAAAGACUUAAUGACUCCUUCUCAAUGCUGACCGGUUACCCACCACAUCACCUAGUCAUUGUUAGUCAUUUACACUGUAAACUAUACAAUCAAGCUUUAACACCCAUUAAAACUUUGGAGGAGAGGUUGUGAGCUUUUUCAAUUGCAAUUUAUUUGAUUCUCAUCUCUGUACAAACAACAAUGGUGAGACUCAAUGACAGAGUACAAAAACAAAUAUCCAUAGAAAAGUAUGCUUAUAUUGAAAUAUGUCCAAAGACGCUCAUGUUUUGAGCAAAGUUUGUUGAGUAUGAUGAUAAAAUACCAAGGUAACAUA